AUGGAGGCCUAUAAUUACACAGAUAUCCAAUGCCCACCACCAGAAUCUUCAGAAAUAGAAUUAUGCAGGAUUUUAUAUUCAGAGGACUAUUUGACGAAUAUGGGAUACAUGAGAGGUAUUAUGUCAAAAAAUGAGUAUUCUGAAAGAGCUUUGGCUUUAACCGAAAAAAUUAUCAACGUAUGUGCUGCUCAUUAUACUGUUUGGGAAUAUAGAUACAAUAUUAUAAAGGAUGGUAGCAAUCACAAUAAGAUUAUAAAAGAUGAAUUGAUUUGGUCCGAAAAUAUCAUUUUAGAAAACCCUAAAAAUUAUCAAGUUUGGCAUUACAGACAAUUGUUAAUCAUUGAGUUGGUUUCAAAAUCUUCAGAUGACUAUAAUGUAGAAAAGGAAUUUGAAUUAAUUGAUAAAUCUUUGAUUGAAGACUCUAAAAAUUAUCAUUCUUGGACAUACAGAACUUGGUUAACUAAACAUUUCAAGUUGUAUAAUGACAAAAAUCUAAGUUUUAUUAAUAGUUUGCUAAAAAGUGAUAUUAGAAACAAUUCAGCUUGGAAUUUUAGAUUUUUUUUACUUGUUAACAACCCUGAAAACUAUAUCGAACAAGACCGUAAAUCAAUAAUUAAUGGAUUGGUUUUACAAAAGGAAUUGAAGUUUACUGAAAAUGCAAUUGAAUUAGCUCCUCAAAAUCAAAGUUCCUGGAACUAUUUAAUUGGUAUCUAUGAAAAGUUCAACUUAGACAUUAACAAUUUGAAAGGUUUAAGUUUGAAAUAUUCCAAUUUUGAAGAUGAUAAAAUUUCUGAACUUGAAAUGCAACCCAUCAUUUCAUCUGUCCACGCUUUGGAAUUGUUGGCAAGAAUUUACUCGUCUUCAAAGACAACGGUGGAUAAAGCCAUCCGAGCCUACGACUUGCUUGCCACGAAGUACGAUCCUAUUAGAGUGAAUUACUGGAAAUACUUAAGCAGCAGCUUAAAUACCACUUAG